CCUGUUCAUAUGAACACAUUGCUGGAGAACCAGAGAAGAUAUUGUAGCUCUGGUGUUCCUGUGGGAUAUGAAUGACAGCUUGAGAAUGUCACAUGAGAUCACGAUGUUUUACCAAAUGAUGGAACAAGCCCAGAACACCAGCUGUGAAGCACCCACCCACAUCUGCAAUAAGAGUGCAAGUGGAGACUCACUACAGCUGCCCACCUUCUCCACAGCAGCCAAAGUCAGAGUAAUCAUUACUUUCACUCUGUGUGCCAUGUCAGCUGUCUGUAACCUCGCUGUGCUGUGGGCCGCCAAUACCAACGGAAAGCGCAAGUCCCACGUUAGGAUAUUAAUAAUUAACUUAACUGUGGCAGACCUGCUGGUGACUUUCAUCGUAAUGCCUGUUGAUGCUGUCUGGAAUAUCACAGUUCAGUGGCAGGCAGGAGACGUCGCCUGUAGGCUGCUAAUGUUCAUGAAACUUGUUGCCAUGUACUCCUGUGCUUUUGUCACAGUGGUCAUUAGCUUGGACCGCCAGUCUGCUAUCCUCAACCCACUGGCGAUCAAUGAGGCCAAGAAGAGAAGCAAGAUAAUGUUGUCUGUGGCGUGGGUGAUGAGUGUGAUUCUGUCUGUUCCCCAGAUGCUGAUAUUCCACAGUGUGACCAUCACGGUUCCAGAGAAGUUUACCCAGUGCACUACCCAUGGGAGCUUUGUCCAACACUGGCAGGAAACCCUGUACAACAUGUUCACCUUUGCUUGUCUUUUCCUGCUGCCGCUGAUCAUCAUGAUCUUCUGUUACACACGUAUCCUGGUAGAGAUAUCCAGCCGCAUGACCCACGGAAACAUGUCUUCUAAGGAGAUACAUCUCCGACGCUCUCACAACAACAUUCCAAAAGCACGGAUGAGGACUUUGAAGAUGAGCAUUGUUAUCGUGACUUCCUUCAUCGUCUGCUGGACCCCUUACUACCUGUUGGGACUGUGGUACUGGUUCUUCCCUGACGAUAUGGAUGAGACGGUCUCACAUUCUUUGACUCAUAUGCUCUUUAUUUUUGGCCUCUUCAAUGCCUGUUUGGACCCAAUAACUUACGGCCUGUUCACCAUCCAUUUCCGCCAUGGCCUGAAGCGCUACUGUCGGAGCACAGCCACGUUCAGCCGUGAGUCAGAGAACAACACUACCCUGACCGGCUCUUUCAGGCGCUCCCCCUUCCGCCUGACACGGCUUACCCAGCAAGGCCAGACGUCCAUCACUGGCCAGAUGGCAGAGGAGGAACAGGUCAAGAAAACCUGCCGCUAUAGCAACUACCUCACAGUUCAUAGCAGUGGAGAAGGUGACCCAGGUCCGACCAGUCCUGAAAGCACUAUAUGAGGGAUUAGAAUACGUCCUACUAAAGAACAUUGCUUACCUUAAUCUUCAUACCUACAUCUGCUGGCUCACAAUUAAUACUUUGAAAAACUCAUUGUUGUGCUGCAAGAAAUCAGAUUGGAUUAAUUGUCACAUUCAGCCAGACGGGGUUUACAGUGUAAAUCAUGGUUUCCCCAAUAGUUGUGCGUAUUUGGCUGGCAGGUGAUAUAUACACAGUGCAUUUAAAAAGUAUUCAGACCACUUGACUGUUUCCACAUUAUGUUAUGCUACGGCAGUAUUCUAAAAUUUA